AGCAUCGUUCUUCACAAAAUCACCAAAAAAAAAAAUUAUACAAUAAAUAUAAAAACUAAAAACAUAGUAAAACCCUCAGAAACAAGGGACGAUGUCUAACGUUAUUAAAAAGGUGAUUCCCAUGCUGGACCGCAUCCUAAUCCAACGCUUCGAGGUGAAGACCACCACCGCGGGUGGCAUCCUGCUGCCCGAGGAGUCGGUGCCCAAGGAGAUGCAGGGCGUGGUGGUGGCCGUUGGACCCGGAGCUCGCAAUCCUGCUGGAGCUGGACACUUGUCCGUUGGCGUCAAGGAGGGCGAUCGCGUUUUGCUGCCCAAAUACGGUGGCACCAAGGUCGAUAUGGACGACAAGCGCGAGUAUGUCCUGUUCCGCGAGAGCGACAUCCUUGCCAAGCUGGAGUAGAUAGAUCCUGCAACACUUUCUUAAACACCACAAGCCGUAAACUCCAAACGAACACUACUAUUUAUGCUGCAACCUCCACCUCUGAUCUUUACCACUUAUCCCCGGUGUAGACUUGCAUUUUGCUUCCGGAUUGCGUUCGAAACUAAAUGAUUAUAAUGAAAUGUUAUAUUUGGUAGCUUACCAAUGUACACACUACACACACACUUCAUCCGACUGGGAAACGUGUCGCGCCUGCUCUUAUAGCGACCAUACACACUACCAACUCGUGUAAGGACAGGCCAAAUAAACCACUGUUCAGGUGCGUUUUGUGUAUUGAAAA